AUGGCUGAUCAACCAACAAAUGCCACAAAUCCAAGCACUACCAAUGCGGCGGGUAACACCACAAGAGGUGUAGGAGAAUUAACACCUCAAGAACGCCAACUACAAGAAUUGAGAAGACAAAGACAAGAACUAAGGCGUCAACAACAACAACGGGCGCAACAACGUGCCCAACAACAAGGUUCAGCAUGGGCAGGUGCAACUGCUGGAGGAGCAGGUUCACCAACACUAGCUCAAUCACCGUUUGCUCGAAGAGCACAAGCAGAAGGUACAGCAACAGGCGCAAUGAGAUCGCCGUUUCAGUCACCAUUUGCUCGAACUAGGGAUCAACAACAACAGCGACCUACACCUGCUCAACCAGAGAGUAUACAAAGGAUAAAUAGAGGAGAGGGAUUGGUACCACGCCCGGGUGGUACUGGCGGAGCUGCCAGACCUUCGCCAAGGCCGGGUGCUGAUAUAGCGGAAUCAUUGACAUCAGUACGAAGAGCUAGCCGAGUGGAAGAACGUUUUGGUGAUACCAUUAGAUCAACUUCGACUUCAAUAAGGCGAGAAGUAAGGACAGAACAAUCGCCACCUGCACCACCACUUUUGUCAGCUGGCGGAGGUGGAGGCUCAAAUUUACCCCCCGCUUCUCCACCAAGACGUGUGCCUUCUCCACCUAUUGCUGGAUCUAGUGCGCAAUUACCACCACCAUCAUCAUCAAGGAGACCACAGACUUCAUUCUCGACGACAGCGGCGGGAUCCCCAGCAGGAGAGCCAAGACGAGUUACGGGAACCACUGGACGUAAAACUGUGCCGGGUCCACCCGCAACAACAUCGACAAGGAGAGCACAAGCAGGUGCAUCGACAACUUCAGCUUCGACUUCGUCCAAUUUACGACAACGACCUCGUCCAUCGGCAACUUUAGCUUCUCAGCUGCAGUCACAGUCUCGAUUACAAUCCCAGCGCACAAGGACGGCACCACGUGUGAAAAAGAGAUAUAGACCCGGUACGUUGGCACUUCGAGAAAUUCGUCAUUUUCAAAAAUCAACUGAUUUGUUGAUUCGUAAAUUGCCGUUUGCGAGGUUAAUUAGGGAAAUUUCAUUGGAUUUUGUUGGUCCUGAAUACGGAUUAAGGUGGCAACUGAAUGCAAUUUUAGCAUUACAAGAGGCACUGGAAACUUAUUUGGUUCAUCUUUUGGAAGAUACUAAUUUAUGUGCCAUUCAUGCCAAACGAGUUACAAUCAUGCAAAAGGAUAUGCAAUUGGCAAGGAGAUUAAGAGGCAGGUAUACUAUCUAA